AUCAGCUUUUGUCACCCACAUGCUUACGAAAAAUCCUACCCAGAAUGCUUCCUUCGCUAGUGCCUAGUUUAGGCAUAAGAAGUGCUUGUGGUAGCUGCUACUUGAAUACUUUUAAACGAAUCAUCUCAAGCAUUGAGGUGACCUCUGCCACCUGCAACAGGACCGCUUAUCCGGUGAUAACGAGGACAGCAAGAUUCGGAUCCAAUUACGCUUUGCGUCACCGAUUCAGCAUGAACGUAGCCUAUUUCCGGCACCAGCCGGAUGAGGAUCAGUGUGCCAUUAGUUUCCAUUUGACCAAUGAGCAGUUUAAAGUAGACAAAGUUUUUAACUUCUGCCGAACUGUAACGGAGAAUAUCGAUGCAAGCUUAGAGCGGAUGCGAGCCAACAUCGACAAGGAAGUGCGGAAAAAGGCAAACAAGAAAAAGAAAAGUAAACCCGGCCAACAGGCGGAACAAAAUCAGGUAGCACCGGAAACUGAAAAGUUGCCGGAAGUCACGGUGAGUUUUUUCGACGAAAGUUUGAAGCAAGAUAUCCGGGAUAUGACCUUUUCCGAGCUGUUGAAUAAAGUACGCAGUAAUCAGCAGAUACUGCUGAAAAUCCUGGACAAUGAUUUUCGGAUAGAUUUGAACUCGCCUUCAGUGCAAACCAUUAGUUUACCUCAAUCGAUUCUGGCCGGAUUUUAUGUCUACCCAGCCAAGUUGGAGAUCCUUUUCGCCGAUAAGGACCUUUCGGAGUUCCAGUGGUUUCGAGGGAAAAUGCCAAAAUCAAACAAUGCGCAGCAAAUCGAAUGGGUUCCUAUAUCUACCGGAUAUUCAUAUAUGGCUACGCCUGCUGAUGUUGGUCAUCAUUUGAAGAUUGUUUGCUUGCCCAAGAAUUCGGAGAAAACUGGUCCGGUGGCCGAGGUCAUCUCGACGUGCGAGGUUCAAGCUGGCCCAGGGCAGUGUCCUUUCGAGGUACGGCAUCUUUUCACGCAGAACAAACUGAAAAACGAACACCAAUUCCGUGUGAUAUCGUACAACAUUCUAGCCGAUUACUAUGCCGACAGUGACUUCAGCCGUACGGAGUUAUUUGGAUACUGUCCGAACUAUGCGCUCCAUAUCGACUAUCGGAAGCAACUGUUCAUCAAAGAGAUUGUCGGUUACAAUGCCGAUAUCGUUUGUCUGCAGGAGGUCGACAGUAAGGUGUACGACUUGGAUUUACUGCCGGUACUUCGCUUGAAGAACUUCGAUGGCCACUAUCGGACUAAAGGAUCAACGGCCGAAGGAUUGGCAACGUUUUUUGAUACCAAUCGGUUUGAGGUUUUGGGCAAGCAGGCAAUAAUGAUUGGCAACGAACUGGAGAAACUGGAUGUCUUCCAGGGGCUCUGGAAUCAGAUAAAAUCAAACGAAAAACUUGCCACCAGAAUAAAAGACCGCUCGACGACCAUCCAAGCGACACUGCUUCGCUCUCGACAGGAUCCCAACAAACAUCUGCUGGUGGCCAACACCCAUUUCUACUUCCAUCCGGAUGCGGACCAUAUCCGGCUGCUGCAGGGUGGUUUUUCGAUGCUGUACGUACGCAGCCUGUACGAGCGCUACCAGCAAGAGCUGAAGCUACAGGACGAACACUUUGCGAUAAUAUUCUGCGGCGAUUUCAACAGUGUCCCAGAGUGUGGCAUGUACCGGCUGAUGACAGAGCGCUUUGUCGGCGAUGAGAUGGCCGACUGGCAGAGUAACGAGGAAGAAGCCGUACGUGGCGUUACACUGGCGCAACCGUUUACAUUUCAAUCAGCCUGUGGCUGUCCCAAGUUUACCAACUAUACGGUAGGCUUUCAGGCCUGCAUUGACUACAUCUACUACCAGUGUGACAAACUGAAGGUGAACGAUAUCGUUCCGUUUCCCGCCGAGGAGGAGCUGAUGGCCUACGACGCAAUUCCGUCACCGGUUUUCCCCUCCGAUCAUAUUGCCCUGGGGGCCAGCCUGGAGUGGUGCUAUAAAUCGUGAGGGAUGUAUUGGUUUUAGUAUUGUAUAAAUAAAACAGAAAUUAAAAGUUUUCAAAUAGCGGACCGCUAGAGAAACCUAAUUUCGAAAAUA